CGCUCCGGCAGCUCCAACAUGGCGGCGUCCUGCGGCUCCUCGCAGCUCCCGCCCGCCGAGCCGCCCCUCAAGAUCCCCAAGAUGGAGGUGCUGUCGCCGGGCUCGCCGGGGGCGUUGAGCGACGGCAACCCCAGCCUCUCCGACCCCUCCACCCCCAGCGGCGCCUCCCCGCUGGGCCCGGGGCCGGCGGCCGGCGGGGCCGGGCCGGGGGUCGGCGGCGGGGCGGGGGGCCGCGGCGGGGCCUCGCCCUCCGUCUCCUUCUCGCCGGGCGGCGCCGCCGCCGCAGCCGCCGCCGCCGCUUGCCGAGGGAUGUCGUGGACGCCGGCGGAGACCAACGCGCUGAUCGCCGUCUGGGGGAACGAGCGGCUGGUGGAGGCCCGGUACCAGCAGCUGGAGGGCGCCGGCACCGUCUUCGGCAGCAAAGCCCCCGGCCCCGCCAUGUACGAGCGCGUCUCCCGCGCCCUGGCCGAGCUGGGCUACGAGCGCACCCCUUCCCAGUGCCGGGAGCGCAUCAAGCAGCUUCACAAGAGACAGAGUGAGUUAGUAAGGAAUGCAAAAUAUACCCUUCGCAGGUGCUACAGCCGGGUGAAGGAGCACGGCGUCGGGAAGAGGAAAAGCAGCUACACUUUUGAGCAGCUGGAGCAGGUCUUUGGGCAGGGAGGAUGGGACUCCCAGCCCUGCCAGCCCGUCCUCAUCAACAGCAGCGGCUUGUACCAGGAGCUGGAGUCGGACGGCAGCACGAUGGAGGAGUAUUCGCAGGAGGAUUGGGGAAACCACAGUCAGGAUCUUCAUUGCUACCAGACCGGCGAACAGGAGUUGGAUGAAAUGCCUCCCACAAAACGAACAUUAAAGAUAAAGCAGGAAUCUUCGGAAGACGCGCAGAAGCGCGACGUCAUGCAGAACAUUAUGCAAAUCCUGGAGUCGGUCCAGCUGAAGUGGGAGCUGUUUCAGAGCUGGACGGACUUCUCCCGGCUCCAUCUUUCCAACAAACUGGCCAUUUUCGGCAUCGGUUACAACACCCGCUGGAAGGAGGACAUCCGUUACCACUACGCCGAGAUCAGCUCCCAGGUACCCCUCGGCAAACGGCUCCGGGAAUAUUUCAACUCGGAAAAACCGGAGGGCCGGGUCAUCAUGACCCGGGUGCAGAAAAUGAACUGGAAAAACGUUUAUUACAAAUUCUUGGAGAUCACCAUCAGCGAAGCCCGCUGCCUGGAGCUCCACAUGGAGAUCGACUGGAUCCCCAUCGCUCACUCCAAACCCACCGGCGGCAACGUCGUGCAGUAUUUAUUGCCGGGCGGGAUUCCCAAAAGCCCCGGCUUGUACGCCAUCGGCUACGAGGAAUGCCACGAAAAACCCCCCUCCCCUCCCGCCGAGCACCGGGGGCCCGAUCCCGGCACCGAGACUCCCGGCGAGCUGGAGGUCCCUUCCCCGCAAGCUUCCCUCCGGCUGGAUAUGGAAUCCGCCCGGAUUAUCUACUGUUACCUCGGCAUCGCCGAGGUCCGGACUCUCCAGCAGUGCCUGUUUUUACAUUUUCAGGCAAACACCAAAACCUUCAGCAAGGAUUGGGUGGGGAUCAACGCCUUUUUAUCCCAGAACUGCCUCGUCGAGCCCGGCGUCUCCCCCAAAUCCAUCUACAUCAAAUUUGUGGAAGUGGAGAGGGAUUUUCUUUCCGCCGGCUCUUUGGUAGAGUGCCUGGAAAAAGCCAUCGGAUACCCCUUAAAAUUUAACAACUGAGGCUCGUCCUUCAUAAGGAUUCGGCUUUUCCGCCCUUUUUUUCCAGCUCGCUACCAGACGCUUUGGGCUCCCGUCCCUCCGCAGCCGGGCGAGUCGGACUUUUCCGCCCGGAAAGGAGGUUGUUUGUGGGUUUUUUUGUUUUUUUGAGGGGGGGGGGGCGCGGUGGGGGGUUGACGGGAGGUUCGCGGGGUACAUCCCCUCGCCUCGGCCCUCUCUCGGCCCCGGCCGCCGGCUUUUCCCACCGCGCCGGCCGCUAUUCCCAACGGAGGGAGGCAGGCGCUCGCGCGGCGAGGACAAACCCCCCCCCCGCCGCCGCCCCCCAAUCCCGGCCCCCCCCCGCCCCGUGAAGCGCCCGUAGGUACAUUCCACGCGGGACGAGCGCGUUGCACGUGGCGUUUUCAUGCGAAAAGCUGGGGUUUUGGGGGUUUGUUUUUUUUUUUUUUUGGGGGGGGGUGGGGGGGUGGGGAGGGGGGGGUUCUUUAUUCCACAGUGUCUCGUUUGGACGCAUCCCGUCUCUCUCUGAAGUGUUAUUACGGAUCCGAAUAAAUAAGCAAUAGAUAACGGCAAGUUAAACCUUGAACCACGUUAAAGGAGACUGUUUUUCAAGAGAACUGUUGUAUAUAAUUUAGGAACUUCACUUUUUCUUUUUAUUUUUUUUUUUUAUUAUUAUUUUUUUUUGUAAUUUUUUGGUCGCCCGUCGAGUGUUCUCCUCUCUCCGAACAGUGUUGCCUGCGCAAAGACUUUGGUUUCCGUGACGUGUUCCACUGGACUCGUAGCGUCGCCGUCGCCCGCUUCUUUCUUUUUGUCGGGGUUUCGUUUUUUGAACGUUAAAAGAAUU